CCAUUUCUCUCAAGAAAUUCGUUGGCCAUGGCAGCAUGUACUCUUUGUCUUCACCGCUGGACUGUGGACUACCGUCAACCCCACCACCAAAGGCUAAAGUGGCCAGUCUCACAUGGAACAAGGUCACUCGGCAUCCAAGAGUCAGCGAAAUCCAAGUGGGAGUCAGCUCCAAGCGCCGUGCCCCAUUGGGAAGUCCUAAACGUGAUGUUCAAAGGGCAGAUAUGUUAAAAAUGUAUUCCAAGUACAGCAAGAUAGUUAAUUUCGACCAGCUUAAAGAUCCCACGGAAAUAUGGGAGCUACAGGAACUGGUUGGAGAAGGCACCUAUGGAGAGGUGUACGCUGUGAGAAACAAACAAACAGGCCAAAAGGCUGCUGCCAAAAUAUUGGAGAACAUCCACGAAACCGUUGAAGAGAUCGAGCAGGAAUAUCAGAUUCUAAAGGCUGUGAGUAAUAACCCUAAUUUCCCACAAUUCUAUGGAUUGUACCUGAAGAAAGAAAACAAACUGGAUGACCAGUUAUGGAUUGUCAUGGAGUUGUGUCAGAAUGGAUCUGUAACAGAUCUUUCGAAAGACUUGGUAACGCGUAAGAAUCGGCUGGAUGAAGUCCUGAUUGCUUUCAUCUUGAGGGAAACACUGAAGGCCAUUAAUCAUAUGCAUAAAUGUCAUUAUAUGCAUCGGGAUAUCAAAGGACACAACAUCCUAAUGACAAGUGAUGGUUCCAUCAAACUGGUCGACUUUGGUGUUUCAGGCUUACUUGAUCAUUCUCUAGCAAACAGAAGGACUUCUGUAGGCACCCCCUAUUGGAUGGCACCAGAGGUAAUUGCAUGUGAGCAACAACUUGAUUAUGUCUAUGACAUUCGGUGUGAUGUUUGGUCACUAGGGGUCACUGCAAUUGAAUUAGCCGAUGGUGACCCACCCCUUUCUGAGCAGCACCCCAUGAGAGCAUUGUUUAAAAUUCCAAGAAGUCCUCCACCAACAUUUAAAAACCCUGAUCUCUGGUCUAAAGAAUUCCAAGAUUUUGUUGCUCAAUGCUGCAUUAAGGAUUACGAAAAACGACCUUUUACAUCAGAAUUAUUCGACCAUCCAUUUUUUAAGCAAAUUCCUGAUGACGUAAGCUUGUUGAAACAAAAAUUAACAAACAUGGUACACCAAAUGAAUCCGGUGAUUCACACCCCUGAUGUGACCACCAAACAUGGUCAGUUGAAGUCAAAGAGGGCCAGUAAGAGGCCAGUCAACGUCCCCGAUGACCUGGCUACUUUGGAAACCUUAGAUCCUGAUGUGAUAACCCGCCAGUUAGAAGAGAGAUACAAGCAUAGUAUCAUCUACACCUAUAUAGGGGACAUAUUACUGGCUGUUAACCCUUUUAGACCCUUAAAUAUUUACUCAGAAAAGCAUCUUGAACAAUACACCAAUGCACCCAAAGGGGCUUUGCCACCUCACAUCUACGGUCUGGCUGACCAAGCUUUCCAUAGUAUGUUGCAUCUGCAAAUUAAUCAGUGUAUUGUUAUCAGUGGAGAAUCUGGCGCUGGUAAGACUGAGAGUGCUAACUAUCUGUUACAGCAGCUCACUAACCUUGGGCAGGCUCCUGACAAGUCUUUACAACAGAGACUUCUUCAAGCGAAUCCGUUGAUGGAAGCUUUUGGUAACUCACAGACUGUUAUUAAUGAUAAUUCCAGUCGCUUCGGCAAAUAUCUUGAUAUGAUUUUCAACAAUAUCGGCAGUGUAAAUGGCGCAAGGAUUACCGAAUAUCUCUUGGAAAAAUCCAGAAUUAUACAACAAGCGCCUGGAGAGCAGAGUUUUCAUAUAUUUUACUACAUCUUGGCUGGUCUUGGGAAUCUUCCAGAUGAUAAGUAUUUCUUGAAAUCCGCCAGAACAUUUAGAUAUAUCAGCCAAUACCAGCCAAACCCAUCGACUUUAGCUUUCAAUUCCCAAAAGUUCCAGACUAUAAAGCAAUGUUUCGAUAUAAUCGGAUUCACUUCUGAGGAAGUCGAUGAAGUUUUCUGCGUUCUGUCAAGUAUUUUACACAUCGGUAAUAUAGACUUCACAGCACAGGAGACCCGACAUGGCAGUGACUCAUGUACCGUUAUAGAUAAUACGAUCAUUAACAAUGUCGCCAAUCUGCUUGGUGUUGAUCCAAAAGAGCUGAUUGAUUCUUUAACCUCCACUGGCAUUCUUGCUCGUGGAGAAGUUAUCAUCCGCUGCAACACAAGAAAUGAGGCACUUGAUGCUAGAGAUGCCAUGGCCAAGGCCCUCUACGGACGACUCUUCAGUUGGAUUGUCAACAAAAUCAACUGCCAACUGAAACCCAAGAAAGAGGCGUCCCAAGAAUUUUUAUGCAUUGGAAUUUUGGAUAUUUUUGGUUUCGAAAAUUUCCAGAAGAACUCAUUUGAGCAAUUAUGUAUUAAUAUAGCUAACGAACAAAUACAGUAUUAUUUCAAUCAACAUAUUUUUGCAUGGGAACUGCAAGAAUAUGAAUCUGAAGGAAUUGAUGGUGCUGAAGUGGACUAUGAAGAUAACCGUCCUGUACUCGAUAUGUUCCUCAUGAAACCAAUGGGCUUAUUAGCUCUCCUUGAUGAAGAGAGUCUUUUCCCAAAAGGAACCGACCAAUCAUUAACAGCAAAGUUCCACCAAAAUAUCAAGUGCCCUGCCUACAUCAAACCAAAAGCAGAACAGAACUUGAAUUUUAUUAUUGAACAUUAUGCUGGGAAGGUGGAAUACCAAACGACUGGAUUUCUGGAGAAGAACCGAGACAGGCUCCCAACUGAAGUGAUCCAUCUAUUCCGGAUGUCAAUUAAAAACGUGGUCAAAGCUUUAUUCCACACCCCACUCACAAAGAUUGGUAACCUCUCUACUGGCAUAUCUCGUAAUUCUCAGACUGGUGGAACCGUUAAUAACAACUAUCGCGACCCACGUCAAACUUCCAACAGCAGAUUUGAGAAUUAUGAAGAUUACAAAACUAUGGGCCAUGGACAGGGAUCAACCAGCAUGACUCGUAUUCAGCAGACCGUGUCGUCAUAUUUCCGUUACUCUCUUAUGGACUUACUCUCCAAGAUGGUUGCAGGGACACCGCACUUUGUUCGUUGCCUGAAACCAAACACCCAGAAAAUUCCUGCAGUCUACGACAAAGAACUCAUCAAGACUCAGCUUCGUUACACUGGAGUCUUGGAAACUACCAGAAUUCGCCGAGAAGGUUUCUCUCAUCGUAUUCCCUUCGGAGAGUUUUUGCAACGGUACUACGUACUGAUGCCCAGCUGGGUAAAAGCACCAAAAGCAAGGGCAGAGAACUGUUCUUCACUUCUACAGCAUGUGGGAUUCAGUGACUAUGCCUUUGGCAAAACCAAAGUAUUUCUACGAUAUUAUCAUGUUGAAGAAUUGGUAGCUCAGUGUGAAAAGAUCCGCGAACAGAAAGUGCUGGAAGAGAAAGCCAUCAAAAUCCAAAAAAGUUAUCGAGGUCACCGCGGUCGAAAAGUUGCCAAAGUGAAAAAAGAAGAACGAAAACAACAAGAACAAGCUGCAACUUUAGUGCAGUCGCAAUUCAGAGGUUAUCAGCAACGAAAGAAAGAGAAUAAAAAAAAAGAAAAAAGGAAGCGCAGAGGAUCGCAAUUGACCAACGAGGAACAUGCUGCCAUUACAAUUCAAAGAUCUUACCGAAGAUACAUGCUGAAGAAAUCCAGCAAGAAGAUGAUGGACGAUAGCCAAAUCAGGGAAGUCCGUGCAGCAAUAAUCCUGCAGGCAUACUACCGCACAUGGAAGUGCCGUACCUUCUUCCAGCAGCUUCUAUUCCUGAAAACCCACAAAGAGAUGCAGUAUGAAGACUUUGUGGAAGCAGUUCAGAUUUACAACUUUGAUAUUUACACCUGGCAAAUAGCCACAAACUACGACUACAAGGCAAAGAGUUCUUCAGAUUUAGUCGGGGAAACUCUUGAGAAAUUCAAAAAGAAAAUGUUUGAUUCAAAACAGGUGGGACGUACACCGUAUUAUGAUGCCUUGACUGGCUCUGCAACUGCUCAACAACCUGAUCACUUGCCACCACAGCCAGGUGGCACCCCAGGCUCCCCAGCUGGAGAAUUCCCACCCCCGCCUCAAGACGACGUCGUUAAGACUUCCGGAGGUGCCUUCAAAGCAAUUUUAGAGAAGAAAGGAAUGGCUUAUUAUGACAGUGCUUCAGGAUUUAAGCCAACUGAGAAACCAUCUGGAAAGACGACAUUUGCGAGUAUCAAGGAAAAACUCAGAGUCAAUCAAAUUAAAAAGACUACUGAAGAAGGGCAACCCAAAGAUGACCAAUUCACCAAUAUCCUUGAAGCAGCCAAACAAAAGAGAAAGGAAAGUGGACCACUCCCCGUCCCUAGAUUUGCUGAUGAAAUAGAUGAUGAAGGUGAGAAGGAAUUAGAGGAAUUCUUUGAAGAGAACACCAAAACAGAAUUAGCGAAGAAAUGUGAGACCCAAGUGACCGCAAGGAUCCUGUCGAUGAUGUUCAGUCACAUGGCAAUGUAUGAGUCCGAUGAGGAAUCAGAUUUCUCGGAGUCUGGUGAUGAAGAGAUGAUCAACUAUUCCGAAUUAGAUGCGCCUGCAGUACGAGACAGAAUUAAUUUAUUUGAAAUGGGUUCUGUUUCGCAUAUUCAGACCCCAAUAAUGAAAAGGCGACCAUCCGGUUCUCCAGAUUUCAGUUCUUUUCAGCAGGCCACUGAUGUAAGUGGUUCUCUCUUGGCUUUCAAUGACGAUGAGGAAGGAAACUCUACAGACUUGCGAAGUGUUUUGAAACGGAGUGGAAACCUCGAGGCUCUUUUGUACGAAGAUGGAAUCCUGGAAUAAUUUCUAUAUUUUUUGUGUUUGUUUUUGAUUUUUUUUUUUUUUUGGUUAAAGAUUCCUCAAAAAAGGCUCACACAACACUUAAUUGAAUUACACCGCGUUUGGUAAAUUUUUUACUAAAACGGACAAAUUGAAAGAUAGGUAAUAUAGCCAGCAACUGUGUGAAAUAUCAGAAGAAUGCUAUCAACUAUAAUAGAGUAGUAGAAAGACCUAGCAAGCUCCCCUGCUUCUCUCUCUCUUCACCCCUAACCCUUUAUAGUCACAUCUCCUUCAUUCUUCCUCCUGUUGACAUUUGAGUUUUUCUUCCCUGUGAGAAACAAAAUCCAGUUUGACUUUUUAAUUUAUGAAUUCAACUUUUUAUUUGUCUCAAGCCAUGACAAAAAGAAAAAAAAUGUAUGGAAGAACAUUAUGAAAAUGGAAACCUGGCAAAAAAAUGUAUGGAAGAACAUUAAGAGCAAUAUUACUUAGAUAUUUCAGUUCUAUAGAAACCUAUACAUACAAUACUACUUACCUCUGACUUGUGUGCUGUAAUAGUCUCACCACCACAAACACCACACCUAGGUCUGGUCCCUGUAUUUCAAUAUGUUGGACCCGUGUGCACAUCUUAUAUCAAUAGACCUUUUUCUCUUUAGUUCAAAGCUGUAUUUAUUAUUCAAACUUACACAACUCCAUCUUGUCUAAUUAUCACCCUACCUGUGUCUCUAUGAAAGUAUGUGUGGCUGGAGAGAGAAAAAAAAACCAUGUCAUUAUCUCCCUUCCCAAUUUAUGUAAAACCUAAACACACAGACACACACACACAUCAGUGGCAUAGCUAGAGUGUGUGUGUGUGUAUGCGUGUGUGCCAUCCAGGGGCAGCCCUUGAGUUUGCUGAGCCUCCAAAACCUAAAUGAUUUUACAGCAACCUCCAAGUUUACUGCCUUCACAAAAGCGUGACCUAGGGUGGACUGCCCCCACCUCCCUAGUUACGCAACCAACACACAAUUUACAUGAUUAAAUAUGAAGCCUGAUCUAUGAUUAAACCUAAGUACACCUGUUUAUAUUUAUUCACUCAUCUCUCUCUCUCUCUUUUCUGUAUGUCUUGUGUGUUGAGAAACUUAUUGAUUCUAUCUUUUAGUUUAUGUAAUGAAAGAAAAAUUAGGCAAAACCUUACCUUAAAUUUGAGGGCAAAUCUAAAACUGAACACAAAAUGUCUACAUUUAUAUUUUUAAAAUUUAGUUUGAAUGCUGGCAUAUAGGAUUUUCAUGAAGGAGGAUCAGUUAAGAGAUAGAAGCAGAGACAAAUUGUGCGCCAUAUAUUGGAGGGAUAUUGAGGGUCUUUUUUUGAAACAGAUUUUGGUAUUAGGGACCAGGAAAUAACAUUGAGUUUUAUACAUUGGUAUAACAUAACUACGUUAAGAUUAGAACCAACAAGUGAUAAUUCACUGAGUGGUUUACACAUACAAAGCAUCUAUUGUGAUUUAACCGACAAGGAAGCUUGUCAUACCGGUGUGUGACUUGUCAUACAGCCUCUUAUAUAACAGAUUUUGUUAACCCAAUUUUGAAAGGGCUGUUUGUUGUCCCUAAUUCUUUCAUGAUUGAGGAUGUGUUCUGUUUAUUUAUUUAUUGUUUCUGAAACAAAAUAAAAAAGAGAGAGAAAACUCCUUCUAUAAUUCGCUAUGCCCCUCCGACUUCACUCUCUCGCUAUGUUAGGUACAUAAUGUAUUAUAUUGUUUUGCAAAUAUUCUCAUCUUUAAUUAGUUACUAAUCCGACAGAAAUAGCUUUAUCAAAUGGCAAUUAGAAUAAACUAUAGAUGAACUUCCAGGAAAUUCUGCACAUUUUUCCUUUUCAGUGUACACAUGUAUGUGCAUAUAUAUGACAAUAAAUGCAUCUAUAUUUAAACAUAUAUGUACAUACUUAGAAGUUUGAAUUUGUAUGUAAAGUUGUUAUAGCUGAAUCAUGCUUUGCAUUCAAACCUUCUUGUCCCUGGUAGGAAAUUAUGCUCUAUUUUUCUUUCUCUUUUUGGUUACAAUAAUGUCAGCCAGGUUCUUUCUUGUUUACAUUUUAAGAAGCAACUUUCCACUUACGAAUCAACUCUUUGGAACAGAGAAGGGUCAGUACAUUCUGAUGAGUAUUAAAGAAGGUGAAACUCAUCAGUCCAAUUCUCGUCCCAAGCAGCCGAAAAGAGCCUUGUGCUUAGAUAACAGGGCCUAAUUUCACAGCGAAACUACUUCUGAAUAAAGUAUUUUCUGUAUCGCUUUUCUGUAAACAAGAAGACCUGUUAGUUCAGAGAAACCCUGUCAGUAUUUUAUCUUGCUUCCCUUUGCUCCUCCAAUAUUGGUAAUAUAACAUCAUCGAAUACUUUUAAACUGUCACCAAUUCUUAAAUCCACUCCCACCUUUUCACUUCCUUGUUAUUGCCAGAUUUAUCAAAGACACAUGUUUUUCGUGACUAAUUUUUUCGGUGAAAAGGAGUAAGAAAGAUCGCCUAAAAUGGACAUAUCUUCUUGCAGAAAUGUUUCUAUCGAGCGUUUGUAACUAAACUAAGUCUGAUAACAGUUUUCUUUGGGUUUUUUUUUUUUCUCCAUUUGAUAAACACAAGUCAUUGACGAGAUGCAGCAAGAUGAAUUUUUAAUCCUGCAAAUGUGGCAAACCACAUUUUUUGUUUUAACUAAUCAGAUACGUUAUUGAUUAUUGCUGCAGAAUAGAUUUAAAGACUUAUCAUAUUAAUCUGAAUAAUGAUAAUGGUGUGACAUGGCUGGUACAAAAACUGGUUGUCAUCUAUGUUAUAUAGGCCAGCGUGUUAAAAGGUUAGACAACCAAAAUAGAGGAGAAAAAAAAGAGAAAACAAUCAACAACUGUUAUCAAGAAACGGCUUCGAACUGGUUUAGUCUGACAAUAAAUAAACCAGACAUUGUUUUUUGGGUUUUUUUUUUGUUUUCAAUGGAAAAAGAAUAAAAAAUCUUUUCUUUCUUUUCAUUUUAAAAUUAAAAGUUGUCUCAAUGUUUUCACACUUCAACUGGUUAUUUGAGAUAAAUUCUAUGUGAUUAUACAUCAAUUUAACUUUUUUUGUUGGAGGGGGGCAAAGCUAAAUAAAUUAUGAAGAAUGAAAGAAAACAGAAAAAAGUAUCUACAAAUUAUUAUUACCAUUCAAGGGACACAUAUUCACCUCUGCACAUUAAGUUCUAUGACUUGUAAAAAAAAAACUGACUACUUUGGAAUAGAAAAAUAUUUGAAAUGGAAAAAAAAAAAAAUAAUAAUAAUAAUAAUAUGCACUUAUCUAAUUAGAGUUUUCAAAAAUAAAUAUUUCAAUUUUUACCAAAUUAUCUCAUGGGGAGUUUUGGGGGGGGGGCAACAAAAGAUUGUUUCUGCAAAUUAUUUAGAUUUUCAUUUUUUUUUUUAUCUGUA